AUGGAUGAUUUACAAUUAAAUAUAUCUGCUGCUAAAAAGAUUAAUAGAAAUAAAAAGUCUGGUAUAAAUCAAAAACAUGCUUCAGAGUACAAAUUUUUAUCAAAACCCGUGGUUACUGGUAAAAUAAUAGCAAGAAAGAGACCACAAAAUGUACGUAAUACGACGACGUUCAUUAACCGAAAUACUGAGGAGCCCCCACUGAAGGUAGCCAAAGUAUCCGGCGCUCCAGUUGUAAAAUCAAUAGACUUGGAGUCAAAUUUGAGAGAUCUUAGUGAAAAUAAAGGUAAAUUUAAAGAGAAAAACUAUCAGGAACUUAUUGACAACUUGCAAAUUAAACAAAAACCUAGAAGUGGAGCUUGGAUUUCUUCGUUGUUUAAAAAUAAUCCUGAUGUACCACAUAUUGGUCAGAAAGCAGUUAAACCAAUUGUAGAAAAGGUGUUUACUGGUCAAACAUUCAUAGAUUUGGAUCUUCAUCCUCAUAGUAUUGCAAAUUUACAUCAAAAUCUGAACUUAAAACAGCUCAUGACAGUACAGCAAAAUGCUAUUCCAGUUAUACUGCAAGGCAGAGAUGUUUUAAUUAGAUCACAAACAGGGUCCGGAAAAACUUUGGCUUAUGCAUUACCUAUUAUAGAAGGUUUGCAGGCCAUACGACCAAAAAUAAACAGACAUGAUGGUAUUAAAGUUGUUGUUGUGGUACCAACCAGAGAGCUAGCUGUUCAAACAUAUGAGUUAUUUGUUAAGCUAGUUAAGCCCUUCAUUUGGAUUGUACCUGGUCUUCUCAGUGGAGGACAAAAAAGAAAAGCAGAAAAGGCGAGACUACGAAAAGGACUUAGUAUAUUGGUUGGCACUCCGGGUAGAAUUAACGACCAUUUGAGGCAUACUCAUUCUAUAAACUUUGCUAAAACUGGUUGUUUAGUUCUGGAUGAAGCUGAUCGUUUGUUGGAUAUGGGUUAUGAAAAAGAUGUAGCAGCUAUUGUAAAAGCUAUAGAAGAUCACAAAAAGGCUGCAACUUAUGAUCCCAUAGCUCUCAUAAAGCAAACCGUCAAAAAGAAUGUAACAAAUGAUGAAGCAACGAAAAUUUUGAAUGAGAAUGUGGAAGAAAGCAAAGUGAAACAUUAUUUGACUGAAGUGUUUCUUUCAAAAGAAAGACAAACGAUAUUGCUAUCAGCAACCCUCACGAAGGCAGUAGAAAAUCUGGCGGGAAUUACAAUGCAAGAUCCCGUUUUUAUUGACACAUCGGAAGGAAAAGUUCUUGUUGCAGAUUCAUUAAAACAGCAUGAAGUUGUUGAUAAUAAAGAGCAAAAUAUAAAUACUAAAGUAAAAAGUGACACAGAUCCUCCAUUAAAUAAUACCGUAGCAAAAACAGAAGAGGAAAAAAUUGCUAAUCAUGAUACUUCUACUAAUAACUAUGAAACGAGGAAAGGUUUAAAAGCUUUUAAGGGACUGAACCAUCUUAAUCUACAAGACAAUGAUAAAGAUAAAAACAUAGAGAGUUUAGUGAAUGUUGUUUCUAAAAAUGGAAUUGACAGCGAUAGUGAUUCCGAUUAUGAAUAUUUUAAAGUACAAAAAGAAUUAGAAGCAAAAAAUCCUAAAAAGGCAGUACAAAUUGAAGAAACACAAGUGGUCGAAACAGAAAAUAUUUUUGUUGAGGCACUGAAGACGGCGGUAGUUGAAGAUGAGUUAGUCUUACCGGCUACAGUUAAUCAGAAAUUUUUGAUUGUUCCAAUGAAACUAAGACUAGUGACUCUAUGCUCUCUUAUUAUUGAACAUUGUGUUUUAAACAAGAAAGGUGGUAAAAUGAUAGUGUUUAUGGCAACAACGGAAAUGGUCGAUUAUCAUUCAGAAUUAUUAGAAACGGUACUGACGGGCAAAGAAGCUAAAGUUAAAAAGAAAGCUGCAAAAAAUAAAACGGCAAACCCAAAGAAGAGAAAGACUAAUGAUGAUGACAGAGAAGAAAAUGAGCAUAAAUCGUCAUCAAGAGAAAAUUCGGAUUCGGAUUUUGAAAUGGAGUACGACUCACCAGAAGAAGGUGGCUUGGUUCCCGUGGAUUUGGACGUUUUCAGUCUCCACGGUUCUAUGCCUCAUGAACGGAGAAUGGAGGUUUUCAAGCAAUUUAGAGCUGCCAGAAGAGGCUUACUUAUUUGCACUGACGUUGCUGCUCGAGGCUUGGACGUUCCACGCGUCGAUCUUGUGCUUCAGUAUUGCGCGCCUGCGUCCGCUACGGAUUAUGUACACAGGGUGGGACGCACAGGUCGUGCGGCGCAGGUUGGCGCUGCUAUCUUGAUGUUGCUUCCAAGCGAAGCUGAGUUCGUAAGGCACUUGGAACAAAAACGUAUCAGGCUUCGGCAGUCCGACGAGUCGCAGUCACUGGAAGCUCUACGCUCGUUGGCACCCGCGGCUAACAACGCAGCGCGAGCCGCUAUAGCUGUACAAACCCGACUCGAACACACUGCCCACAGCCACCGGGACUGGCUCGCGCGUGCCAGCAGAGCAUUCACAUCCUGGGUCCGCUUCUACUCCGGCUAUCCGCGCGAAGUGCGAAUGUGGCUGGACGCAAGGCAGCUCCAUCUCGGACACGCGGCAAAGGCCUUUGCUUUGAGGGAAACUCCGGCGGCUUUAGCAAGGAGAGCCAAAUCCGAUCCCAAUAUGAAGAAGGAGAGGCCGAUGAAUCGUCUCACAGUCCGUGAGGAGGAAGAGAAGAAACGCCCAGGUUUUCCUAAAGUAAAGCCUGGACUCUUCGGUCACAGAGUAAUGAAUAAACAGAGCUCUAUGCACACCGCGAGUGAAUUCGAUAGCGGCCUGCCUCCAGUGGAUACAUACAAUCAAAAGAAAAAGUUCAAAAAUAAGCGAAGUAAAUAA